AUGCAAGAUCUCAAGGACAUUCUGGGGAUCUGUAGCCCAAGGAGACAUCCCGGCGGCGGGGUCCUGGGCGCAGCCGCUGCCCACGAGACGGUGGACGUGGAGACCGUCUUUGCGGUGUCGAAUGUGCUGCGGAAGGAUGUCCACAACGUUCACUUCGAGGCCAUGCCUGUGAUGACCCUCGCGCGCUUCCAGUUUCUGGAGGCCUUUGUGCGGGUGGCCGUGCACCAGUUCGUCGACCCCGGCGAGCACCCUGACCAUGCCGCGGCCGCGGCCGUGUCCGAGCUCUUGGAGCGGUCGAGCACCAACAUGAAGUGGUUGAACCAGAGGCAGACCCUGCACGAACACUUGUUCAGGGAGGAGUGCGAUCUACUGUACAGGGAGUGCCGUGGGCUGCUGGAGGCGGUGUACGAGGCCUACAGGACGAAGCUGUGCUACCCCGGGCGCCCCGCGGCGGCGGGGCUGAGCUUCGGGGCGUGGCUGCUGCUGUGCGAGGACGCCGAGGUGGCCCAGGCGGGCCUGACCCCCAGGACGGUCGGCUACGCGUUCGCCCUCGGGCGGCAACAUCACGACGUGGAGUCCUUCAGGCACAUGGAACUCUCGCUGGGGGAGUUCUUUGUGGCCCUCGGGGCGCUGGUGGCGCUCAGGGUUGACUUCGACCCAGCGGAGCUCGGGGACAUGUCGGACGGGCUGGCAGAGCUCUUCAUCGAGAACAUGGCCGAGGCGCUCAAGAAGGUCUCCGCGGGCGCCGCGGACGAGCCCGCUUCGCUCAAGACGAGGAUGUGUGGUCACAAGGUGAAGCCAGUGCUGGACUUCGUCAUGCGCACCUUCCGCGCCGCGGACGCGGACAACUCCGCCACCGUAGGCGGGGACGAGUUCCGCCGCGUCUUCUCGCAGCCCGGGGUGCUGAGCGAGCUGGCGGACUUGGGCAUCCGCGUCGAGGACGGGGGAUGUGAACGUGCUCUACCGGCAGAUCGACGCCGACGGCUCUGGGGACCUUUCCGCUCACCAUAG